AAAGAUGGUGGCAGCGCGUGAGCCGUGUGCCGUAUCGUCACGCGAAAAAUGUCUGGUAAAAUGAAGUGGAAACGGAGAAGGUUCGCGAUCUCUCAGAAAAAUUCGAACGUUAUCGAGACUUAGUGAUCGGGGUCGACCUUAGAGACAAUAAUAACAGUGUAAAUAGUGCUUUUUCCCCCCCUGUAUUUUUCCCGGGAGCGGAUAGCAGCCGCAAAAAGAGGAUAAUUUGGCUCCAGAGUUCACUGUAAGAUAAAACUAAGGAAACAUGGUUGUCGGGGAGGCGAGCAUACACAAUAUAAUGGGAGGCAUGGAGAGCACGGGCGGGGUGCGUCUUCACAAUCACAAACGGAAAUUGAAGCAGAGGUUCGACAUCAUCAAGAAGCUCGGUCAAGGUACUUACGGGAAAGUUCAGUUAGGCAUAAACAAGGAGACCGGUCAAGAGGUGGCGAUUAAGACGAUUAAAAAAUGUAAAAUAGAAACGGAGGCAGAUCUGAUUAGGAUACGAAGGGAAAUACAAAUAAUGUCGAGCGUACAGCAUCCGAACAUUAUCCACAUCUACGAAGUGUUCGAAAACCGGGAGAAAAUGGUGCUGGUGAUGGAGUACGCGGCCGGCGGCGAGCUCUACGAUUACUUGAGCGAGAGAAAAGUACUGACGGAGCACGAGGCUCGUAGGAUAUUCCGGCAGAUAGCCACCGCGGUCUUUUACUGUCACAAGCACAAAAUAUGCCACAGGGACUUGAAGCUCGAGAACAUUCUCCUCGAUCAAGCGGGGAACGCGAAAAUCGCGGACUUUGGCCUCUCGAACGUGUUCGACGAGCAGAGGCUGUUGAACACGUUCUGCGGCAGUCCGUUGUACGCCAGCCCGGAGAUCGUCAAGGGUACUCCUUAUCACGGACCCGAGGUCGACUGUUGGAGCCUGGGCGUCCUACUUUACACGUUGGUUUACGGUGCCAUGCCCUUCGACGGGUCUAACUUUAAGCGUCUAGUCAAACAGAUCUCGCAAUCUGCUUACUUCGAGCCGAAAAAGCCAUCGCCCGCGUCGCCUCUGAUAAAAGAUAUGCUGACGGUGUGCCCCGGGAAACGAGCGGACGUCGAGAGGAUUUGCACCCAUUGGUGGGUGAACGAGGGCUACGAACAGAAUUGUCUCGAUAUCGCGGAGGAACUGGCAGCUCAAACACCCGUCAGGUUGGACCUUCUGCUCUCUUUGGUGCCUCCGUCCGCCAGCGCGGAGAAGCUCGUCGUGGGCGACCAACAAGCGGCCGGGGACGUCGCGAAUAACGUGUCUUCCGAAACACUGGUGCCCACCAGGUGCCAUUCUGUAGGUAGCCUGAUGGAAUUGGAUCAGAACAAUUCCGACAGGAGGAUAAGGGAGUUGUUGGAAGAGGAGCCGAGGUCCGGGACGACCGGGGACGCCAAAAGGAAACUGGAGACGACGCCAUCGAUGGACGAGACGGCUGCAGCUGGCGUGAAACGGAAAGAACGAUCGAGAAGGAAAGAGAGAACGGACGAGAGAGAACCCAGAGCUUACAGAUCCGUUUCCAGGCAUCACUCAGCACCGAUCCCAAAUUCGAUCACGGAGGAGGCCAUGGAAGUAGAUCCUGUUGUAAUCGUUCCUGCUAGCAACACCAUAGACAUGAAUAAAGUAGAAUCGGCAGCUUGCUUGGAGCUAAUAAAGGAGUGCAACGAAAGGUCACCGAGUAAGGAGCGGAGCAAGACGCCGGUGAUGACUCGGGGACAGGACGAGUCUUCCGUGGAAAAGAUUAAGAAGGAGGAGCGCGUCGAAGAAGGUUUACAGGAGGAACGCGCGAAACCGUUGACGGAGAACGCAGCGACGGCGACGACGACCGUCGAGAAGCUGGCGAACGACGCUCCGAAGUUCGAAGCGGUCAGCAAAGCAGAUAGUCGCGAGAGCGAACCGUAUGCCAGUGAGGAGACGAUCAACUUGGAAGCGACUCAGCGAGAAUUUAAGAAACUGAAGGAGAAGGCGCUCUCCCUCGACUCGGAACUCUCCAGCGAGACUCGAGACGUUCCCGCGAGGACGUACGAGAGGAGGCGGUCGAAGAUAUUCGAGACCGCGGAGAAGUUCAAUCAAAUGGCGUCGAACGUCGAGAGCGAGAAGCCAAAGAAGAUCUUUAUCCCCGGGGUGAACGUGGGUGGAGCGAAACGGGUGUUCGAGAGGAAGGCGAGUCUCUCUUCCAUCGCCACUCCACCGCCUACGAAGCCCAGCGCGUCCAAGAUCAUCCUGGAUGUACCAACGGACAGGAACGAGAAACCUGGUGACAAAGCAAAGCAGACUCGGAACGAGGAUGAGAAGAAGAGAGACGAGGCGAAGAAACGAGCAGUGGAUAUAAUAACCGGGGCGAUAGGAAAGCCUCCUGUCCAGAAGAGGGUGAACGGAUCGCCGCCAAUUUCUCCGCCGAGUCACGAAACGAAGAAGCUUCCCUUAAAGAUACCGGUUGGGGCGAACGAUUUCCGAACGGCUACCGUCUCCUGUUCCACGCCAGUCGAAACUAGCUUCCCGUUCGACAGCAAAUCGGUCGAGGCGCGCAAACAGUCGACGGUCUCCGACGAGGAUGAGAACUACGACGACGAUUCGCAACCGGAGGAGCCAAAGAGGUCCAGCAAAAUGGAGAUAACUCUGAAGAGCGCGACGCUGCCCAGAUCGCGAAAGACGAGCAAGGCGGAGAUCUGUUUGUCGAGCGCCAAGUCGGUCGAACCUGUUACGUUCAGGUCAGAGGUGGAGGCGAAGAUCGACGCGUUUCAGCCGCAGAAGCUGCGAACGCAAAGGUCGGAGAUAGCGUUCCCUGUCGCGGCCGCGGUACCACAGACGAAUCGUAGCGCUAGUUUGGAACCGGAUACAAGAUGGAAGAACACUCCACCGAAGGAGAGAAUAAUACCGAUUCAGAUGGAGGGAGAGAAUCAGGAAUCGCAACAUUCGUCGACGCCACCGCCACCGCCGCCGGCGAAACCACCGAUGCCUCAGAGACUGGUUUCCCAACGAUCCGGCUCGUUGUCCCGUCAGUCGACCGCCGACUCGGACACUGAUAGCGCUCUGGGCUCGACGGUUGGCCCGGAACCGAUCAGAAAGAGUCCCAGAGAGUACAUAAUCCCUAUCGCCGUGGAGGGCGGUGGAUACGUUACGCCCCGUUCGGGUAGCGUAGAGCCAGAGAGCAAAACGAGCACACCAAGUACAGCGAACGCGCCAAGGUCGAGGUUUACCAGGCCUCGAAGAAUGAGCUCCUUCCUGUCGGACGCCAGCGAAGACGAAUCUCCGUUCUCUACGUUGCACAGGGACAGCGAGGAUCUUCUGCAAAGACACAUGCAUCGACUGAGAAGCUCCCGGCCGUCGAGACAGCCGCCGGAGCACGCGGACAGCUUGUCAUCCGGCGAGGACGACGACGACGACGGUUUCGAAUUGCUCACCGCUGAAAACCUCUUCUCCACGCUGCUAUCCAGAGUGCGUAGCUUAACGCAGAGGCUGAACGUCGACGACAACCGAACCACCGGUUUCCCAAGUUCUCGUUUGUUCGGGAGAUUAGGUUCCAACUCGUCCCAAGCCUUCUGGGGCCUUAACAAACCUUUAUCGAGCUACCAGACAUGCGUCGAAACAAGGACCGUGACUACGCGAUUGACGGAGUCACAAUUCAGGCAUUCGCUCAGCCGCGAGGGCGACGUGUUCUCGAAAAAAGAUAACGUCAACUCGUCGAACCCUGGGACACCGGACAGCCCGGGAUCGCACGGCAACUCGUCGAGAGAAACCGUCUUCGAUAUCGGCAGCAACACAUUACCAAGAGAUAAAAUAGACGAGAAAGACGUAAAAGCGGAGCCAAGUUAUGUUAGGAAAGAAAGGCAGCGGGAUUCGGUGGAGCAAAGCUUCACGCCCAGCCUGGCCAGACGGCUGAGCAAAACGUUCAUCGAGCAAACCAGACAGCAACCAUUGUAUCGUCGUUCGAUCAGCAGGGAGACAACUGGAAACUACCUGGAGGGAUCAGAGAUCGGUGAUCGUUCCGAGUCCAGCGUCUCCGAUCAGACCGAGUACAAGGAUCGAUCAUCGGAAAGAACCAUUCGCAGGACCAACAGCCUUCUGGGGCCCACGAAUAGAGAGGAACGUCGUCUCUUGGACGACGAGGACGAAGAAGACGACGAGGAGGAGGAGAGCAAUGGACACGAGUCGUCUUCGUCGUCCGCGUUCCCCAGACAUCCAAGAACCGCCACGAAGAAGCCUCGAAGAGAGAAGUUUCGCUCCUACGGAACGGACAAGAUCCAAGAGGAGACGAUCUUGCCCCAAGACGCGUUCCCCUCGUGGAAGAUCGACACUGAGAACCCGGUCACCGACAACGGGUCCACCUCCGAGUGCACGUCCGCGUCAGUUUGUAAUUCCAACACCAAUCUGCUGGAUGGGACGUCGAGCGUGUCGGCCAAGUCGUACGAGACCUCUCCGACCGAGUCCUCCUCGAACGUGGUGGACUACAGGUCGGUCUACGGCAAGUCAGACCUCUCGAGGAACUUCGAGAACCGGUUGCUGGCCGCGGAGAACCUGAUCAAGGAGUCCAAGCUGAAGAACCUGGGUCCCAGCAAGUUCGAUCCGAAUUUGACUACCAGCUACAGAGAUACGGACAAGUGCGAGAAGCAGUCGUUGAUCUCGAUGAGCGACGCGGCGAAACGACGCAGUUGUAUCCCCAGUUUGAGACUGAGAUCAGGCUCGUUGAGCAGGGAGCCAACCUUGGGCGAGGAUCGACGGAAAUCGGUGGCGAACGCGCAGGAUAUCCUAGCUGCGCGACCUGCUGCCUCGGAGAAGUCGAUACUGAGCAAGCUGCUGAAGGCUGCGUCCGGGAGUAAGGAGAGUAAUGGCUCCAGAGACAAGGAGAAACCGCAGAAGUCGAAGCAACAUCGGAUAUCGCGGUUCCUGCGACCUGACUUCUUCGACACGCCCAGGGAGGAGAGUCAGUACGCCAAGGAGAAGGAGGCGCAGAAGGCGGCGGAGAACGAACGCAGGAAAUCGCGAUUCAUCAGAAAGAAAACGGAGAGCAAGGCUUCUGAUAGCGAGGUCGAGCAUAGAGAGAAGGAAUCCAAGGUGGAGGAGACGCGAAACAGCUUCUUGCACUCGUUGGAGAAGAAGCUGGAGAAGCUGAGAUCGAACGAAGAGCCUCCUACGACGACCAAACCAGCGACGCAGGCCAACGGGGAAUCCCUGCGCGAGCACUCUGCGCCUCCCACUGCGGAGACUGGGUCCGUGGAGGCUGGAACUGCUAAGAAGACUGUUAGCGCGGACGAUUUGACGGGGAAGAAGAAGAAGAAGGCGGAACAGGGCUCCAGGAACAGAGUGUCGUCGGUGCUGGGACUGUUCAAGACCACGGACGCUAAGCAGCCGGAACGAGGGCAAAAUGCGAUCCUCAGCAGGCUGAAGAGAAGUCCUCCCAAGCGCACGAAACCCGUAGAUGCGGCGGCGGUUAACUGUAGCGAAGAAGCGCCAUCUACCAGCAGGAUACCGACCAAGCUUGAGUCCAAGCCGCUAAAGAAACUCGGGGAGAGCAACGCGAAGCGAUCUCCGCCCAAGGAGAAACUACCGAUCCUCAAGGAGAGAAAAGCUUCCAGCGAGAAGGAGACCAAAAUGGCGGUGGAUGCCAACGGGGGGAAACCACCCGAGGAACCGUCCUCGGAGGGAUCCGUCGAGAAGAAAGUCGACGAGGAAUCCGUGGACAAGAAGGUGCUAAAGGCGAAGAAGAGUCCCACGAAGAAAGUCACGAAACCAAAGGAGACCUCGGAGAACAGCGACACCAACGCCGUGAAGAAGAAGAAGAUCGUUACGAGAACGGUGAAGAAGGUCGCGAAGAAGUCGUCCGACAGCUCCGAGAGUAAAACAGAGGAGAAAGAGAAACCUACGAACCUGAAGAGAACGAGUCCCGAGCGAGUCGCGAACAACGCCAAAGCGAAAGAGAAGGUCGAGGAAGUGGAGCAGCAAAAGGCCAAGCCCGCGAUCGUUGGGCGUAAAACAUCACCGAGGAAAGAGACGACAACCGUCGAGACGAAGAACGGUCAGGAAUCGCAACGGGCGAACAGGAGCAACCUGAAGCUAGAUCUGUCCAAGAUACCCCAACACUCGUUCAGGAAUUCGACCGCGACGAGGAAGGAUUCGCCGCGAUCCGACUCCCUCGAGUCUCCUAAAACUACGGACAAGUUGAUGGACUGUUUGUCGAAGGUGACGCACCGCGCCAACAUCGCCGGGAACAAGAUCGUCAUCGAGAAACCGCUGCGCGCCAAGGACGUCGCGGAGCUGAAGCGAGAGGUGACCGAAUGCGCUCGAAUGAUCGAGAGUCGUGCAGCAACGCCCGCAGCGCCCUCUGCGCCCGCCCCGGACAUCGUAAAAAGUCGGAAAGAGUCGCCCAUCGACUACGCGAGCGAGCCAUUCUCCCCUGCCGACGAGGCCGAGAGCUUCGACUCCUGGUCGAUCAGUUCCGCCGAGUUGAACCACGCGAGACCCGACCUGCACUCGCCUACAUCUCCCACGCAGUCUCUGCUCGCCAGAUCCGACAACUCCGAGUCGGUGAUAGACCGGAUCCGUCGACGGAGCUUCUAUUCGAGGUUCAACGACAGACGAAGGCCGUCGUUGACAGCGCCACCACCCGGUUUGGGUCUGCCAACCGGCACCGGGGCGCUGCCGCGCAAGUACAGCUUCACCGGGCACCGUGAUCGCAGCAAAUAUGGAACAGGAACCGGAUACGGUCUCGCGUUGGUGCCCAAGAGCAGACGCGUGGACAGAAGUUACAGUUUGUUGGCUGACGACACCGUCCUUGGACGCAACAGGUACUCCUCCCUGGACAGACCGAGGUACAACGACGCGAUCGCCUCCUCGCCGUACAUCUCCGAUCCCACCGAGCACCUAGCCCCCCUUUCCUCCUCCUACGAUCCUCUGAGAAGGUACCUCCGAUCGCCGAGCUUCGAUCUCUCCGCUUCCAGGACCAGAUACCAUAGCGCCGACUUCGGGAUGGACGCCGCCCUCGAUGGCCACCCCACCAUGACCACCACCGGUCUAGGCUCCUCCACGUUGCCGAGAAAAUACCCGAGCAACUUGUCCGAGUCGAAGACCGCCGAGUACUACGAGGAACUGUUGGCCCCCACCAGCUCGGAAUACUUACCGAUCAGGAGACCCUCCCCCGUUUCUAUCGACUAUCUGUCCAACAGGUGCGAGAACGGUUACUACAACGGAACCUCCGAGCUACGAUCGAGCAAGCGCAACCCUUACAAGGAAAACGCGACCAGCGCGGACUUUGUCGAUCGGGACGACUACCGAUCCACGGAACCAAGAAGGAGUAGGAGCAACAGCGACGCCACCGUAGAGUCUGCACAGCCCGCCACCUGUACCACCGAUCGCAGUUAAUUUCAUCGGGAAGCAAAAGCUGAAUCCAAGUACUUGCUUCGAACCACGAUACUGCCACCAUCCAACGAUCGAUCGAAUUUGUCGAUUUAAUCGCAAUCGCCGCCGUAAACUUUACCAAAGAUUUUCUACUAGGACUAGUUUCAUCGACGACAGUUGCACGAUGGACGAAUGGCCUAAACGACCCGUAUUUACCGCAUACUAGCUCUUCUAUCGACUGCCAUACGUUUUCGUUCCAACAACGAAAUCGCGUUCGUUUUGGCGAAAAAACCCAGUAUCCAAGGUUUUUCGAUAAGCUGAAAAAACACGCGAUUCCGAUUGUCGUUGUUGUUUUUUCUCUCUUUCGUUCUUUUUUUUUUUUAUCGUGGCUACUAUUAUCACUAUUAUUACUAUUAUUAUUAUUACUACUAUUACCGCCCAUACUAUAUAUUAUAGAAGAGUGUGUUUUGCAAAAGUAGAGAGGAGAAUUAUUCCCCGUGGAGAGACACGAUUAUUCGUAGCUACAUGUAUUGUUCGACGUACACGUCUAAUCUCCGUGCACGCAUACAUCCGUAUGGGUGCAGUUGCGAGCCAUCGUUAGCGAUGGGAUUUCAAGCACUUCGAAUCGAUUCGAGUGUCUUUCGAAACUUUCAACUCUCUAAAGUCUUGCAUCUAUAAUAUUUAAGGUCUCGAUAUAUAUUGGAGAGCGUUAAGGAUUCCAACAACAGUUAUGUAACAGUAGAAUUUUUUCUCCAAAUUUACUGAUACGAUAAUACAUAAAACAAAAAUCAACAACGACAAAUGUGUAUCGGAGGCGCUUCGUUUGUCGAAAAAAAAUGCCUGGCAUUACCCGAUUUUGUAAUUUACAUUUACUUCUACCUCGAACUGUAAUUAAAACUCUUAACGCUUACAAAUGUAUCUAGACCGUCGCCACUAGAGUCGUAAGCUUCGAAUCGUACUCGAAUCGAUUCGAAUUCUUCCAAUCGUUAAGAACUUGGGACCGUUUGAGAGCUGAGAUUCGAAGAGCUUGUCGCUAGCCGUCGUACGCGCGUACUCGAUUCGUUUCUUCUCGUUUACAACCG